AUGCCUCCUGCGUAUAGUGAUGACUUGAAAUGGCGUAUAGUUUUUUUAUAUUAUGAUAAUUAUUCAAUAUUGCAAAUUACGAAUCUUCUUUAUAUUAGUAAAGGUUUGGUAAAGAAAGUGUUACGAUUAUAUAAAAAAUGGGGAACCGUAACAAAUCCAUGGAAACAAAUACCUGGACAACAUAAAAUUUUUAAUCGAAGUGACAUGAAUGUGG